AGCAACCAAUGACGUAGGGCUCAUGCUGCGAAAACACCGACAGGUUCGAACGGACGUGUCGUAAAGCAGCACAUGAGUCCACCGUCGUGGAAGGUGUAUUAACCGUGUUUUCGACGGACAAUGUCCUUCAACGCACUAGUUUGGGAUUUGACAAGCAACACAUAUUCCUCCGCUUCUCCAUGAGUGUCAAGAGCACGGCAGUACCCGGAUGGAGUGUCAUGGCCGCCGUCGCUGUGGUUCCACAGAGAGGGGAGAAGGAAGGCGAACAUGUUUCUGCCGCGUGUUUUUUCCCCCCGAGCCCAGCCUUGUUUCCGUGAUGUCGGACGUUGACGGGACGCCGCCUCAACUUCCAUCGAGUUCAUAGCACGGUGGCCACACUACUAGCUUCUGCUUUUCUGACACGACAUGCAUUGAUGUUUUCCUAAAGGAGUACAGAUCCCUGCAUAUUUUCAACUAUGGAGGAAGACCUCAUAAUACUUCAUGAUUCUGCCAAAAACUGCAGCAUAUCCGUAAUAGCGGAUGAAAGAGAAAAGGUAAAAGACUUUGUGUGUAAGCAUUUCAGAGAAGUGACAGAUGGGUCACACCUGAAUAAUGCAGAAGAAUCUUCCAUUAAGGAACAUGGGAGUUCCACCAAGAAAGAUAAACAAACUCUCAAUAAAGGCCAUUGUAAAAUUCAACAAGGGGCAGUUUUCUCUGGAAAGAUUCUGAGUUUUGAAUGCUCAGUGUGUAAAGACGAUUACACAUAUAGUCCCAAUGAUCUCCUUAAACAUUUUCGAGCGGCUCAUGAAGGAACCCUUCCAACGUACCCUUGUGAUCUAUGUGGCUUUUUCACAAACGAGUUUCCUGCUCUUCAACGCCAUCGGAUUGAGCACAGAAAUACUCUGGUUACUUGUGAGCUCUGCAACGAUGAUGUUCAAUACUCUCUGCUUUUGCUAACCAGACACUACAUCACUUGUCACAGUCUAAAUGGACAGUUUAACUGUGACUGGUGUGAGUUUACUACUCUCGAUGCAGGGACAUUUGUCCAGCACAUCCAUCAUCAUAAUGAGAGUCAUUGGAAGUGUUCACUAUGUCGACAAAUCAGCUUGAAUGAAGAGGAUCAUCAGAAGCACGUGAAAGCCCACUCUGGUACAUUUCCCUUCACUUGUCAGAUCUGUGGAUAUGGUGCCGCAAGAAGGGAGUACCUGAAAAAACACACCGCAGCUGUUCACAAAGAGGAGGCUGAGAAAAGGAAUGCAUGGAAGGCUAUAGAGGACUGCGGCUUCCCAACAAAUGCAUCUGCAGCCUUAAAACUGUUGCUAAAAAAAAGUGGUGAAUCACAGGAUUCUCAGAGAAUAUCAAAACUGAACUGUCUUUCUGGGAGUUUAACAAACCAAAAUGGCAGGCUAAUCAAACCAGAACUAUCCUACGAGGAGACCCACCACUUUUUGGAUGGGACUAUAGCAAAAAAGGACAACAACUGGAGCAGAGGUUCUCACAACACAGAGCAUACAACACCAGUAAUGCUACCGGAAUGUGAAAACUCUUCAAGCUCUGAUGCUGCAAAUCACACAAAUCCUAAUGGACUGACCGUUCUGAUGGUUAAGAACAAAAUCUCUCUUCCCCCUAAUUGUACAACCAAAGUGAUGGGUUUCAAAAUGGUUGAUGGCAAAAAACAUUUAGUUCUCAAAGUAAUCCCAACAGUGAAGCAAGACCCAACCAUUCAGAACAAUUCCUCAGUGGAAGAUGUGGGCUUCUUGGCAACAAAUCAGAUGUUGGAUAAAAGUAAAGACUCUAUUGAGAAUGGGGAAAGCUUUGAUAGCAAAAGCUCCACAUCACAUAGUUUUGCUCUUUCACCAAGAAUUGGAUCUUGCAUACAGAUGGAUCAAGAUGAUAUUGUGGCAGUAAAGGUAAAGAUUGAGGAGGAAGAAACCUCUGUUUGCAGCCUUGAUUCUACCCCACACAGAGAUGAUGUUGGGGGACAAAUUAAUCCUUUACAAAAUAUGUCUACAACUUGUGCAGAUAUCUUAUAUCCCAUGACAAAUGAUCACAUGGGUGACCAAAGUCAGCCAAGUCUAACAACCUGCUCCGAGAGGGGUGCAUUUGAUAAAAACUCAAUCUCUGCAACAGUCUGUUCUGAUCCAACAGGCCAUAGUGGUUGUAAAAUAAGUAAUACUUUAAAAACGUGUGCUGGUAAGGUCACUGGUUUGUCUUCACCUUCAAAAGUUGCACAGGAAACAUUUCUUUCCAAAUCAGGCUCCAAAAAAACUGCUGUAAAGUGUGAGGCUGCAACUGAGUUAUCAUUGACUGACAUAGCGGAAGAUAAACUCAUUGAUGAACACAACGGAAACGGUUCUUUGCACUCUAUAGAAAAUGAUGAGCAAUCUGAGAGUAAACAUAAAAAUGGUCAUCAAAAUUUUAAAAAGCUUUCAUCAAAUCCAGAACUUCCAUUAGAGCCAUCAUCACCCACUCCAGGUAGCCAUAGAGACAGUGCCAUGGCCUCUGAGAACUGCACUCAAAAUUCACCGAACCAAGAAGUAUUUACCUUUCACAAUUAUUCCAAGGAAACAUUCAGCACCUCACCUAACAAUACCCAAAGCCUCGACAAUACGUCUGAAUACCCAUCUGACAAGGACAGUAUUUGUGAAUCAUCACAGUUUAGCUUGACAUUGGCAGAGUCUCCAGAAGCAUUCUCGGAAAGUGGCAGAGGAGAAACAACUCAGGCAAAGAAUAGAGAGGGCAUCAAGAGAUUGUUAGAUAGUGACAAUGAGGUUGAUGAUCCUCUCACCGAGGAUGAAAAUCCUGAGUCGGUGCUCCAAGACUUUAAUAUAAUCAAGAUUGAGGACGAGAGCAUUCCUAUAUCAAAAAUACAGUCAGAAUCAAAGAGUGGUUCAACUUCCCUUGGCAGUUUUGUGGAAGAACAUUCAGAUGAAAUCAUCACCCAACAACUUAAUAAGGAGAGAGUAAGAUGUUCAAAUGCCGGCAAUGAUUCUUUGAAACAAACAAAAACAACUCUACGAAUUCUUCAAUUGCCCGAGGGUAAACAGCCAGUACUCCUGAGGACCACUGAGAAUCAAUUUGCCAUGCCAGUGCAGGUUAAGGCAACACCAGGUUUCAAACUGAUAACCAAUUCUGCAAAUCCUCAGAUCAAUGUAUCUUUCAUGAAGCCAGGGGCAGAAAGAUUGAGUAACCAAACUGGUGUAACUUUUACUCAAAACAGCAGGACAUUAGGUCUAUCAACGCCAAAGGCAGGGGCUUCUGAAAAAGGGACAACUCUUCGCUCUGCUGUUCAACCAGGUGUUGCUACCACCUCAAAUCACUACCUUAUCAACAGCCCAGGUUUUAAGGGUCCUGUAUUCCUUUCAAGCACACCACAUAAUACACCUGUGGACAAACAAGCAAAAAACCAGCCUACUUGCUACUUUGUACAAAGAUCUGUUCCAUUUGUCCAAACCCCCAGUACUCCUGGCCUCAGACUGGCAAGCAAGCAAGUCCCACUGAACUCACGACAAGUUUUGGCCAUGCCCGUGAACUCUGCAGAAAAACCCAGCACUCUGCAGUCUGGUCGACAAGCAUUCUUGCUCCGUUACAUUUCUCCACCCAAAUCAGGCAUUCUUCUGAACAACCAAGACAAAAAGACUGGGAGUCAAUGUAGCCAAGCCAGUGACAGUACAGGAAACAAAGUUAUAUUUAAAAUUGUCACCCCAACUGGUAGCCUUCUCACAAGUGGUGCUCCCACCUCAAGCAGCCAACCAUUGUUUUUGGCCACCAGACCUCAGACCCAGUGUUUUCUGGUGUCAUCAAACAAAACUAAUGCAAAUUCCUCCCAUGGAGUGAAGAAAUUGAUCACCGUCCAAAAUACUGCACAGAAAGAUGUCAAGGGAUCUUGCAUUUCACCCUCUCGGAUGAAUGUAAAGGUGCAACUGUGUGAAGCCGAGAAACCUAUUCUAGCCCCAAGGCCAAUUCGCCCCCCAAGCCAAAGGAAAAGGCGCAGGAAACCAUUAUUUGACGAGCUUCCAGCAGCGGUGCAUAAAGCAAGAAGACUCUCAAAUAAAGGACUGUCUGAGAAAGAGACUACUGUGUUUUGGAAGCCCGUAGCCAAAGAAGUUGAAAGGACACUGAGACUUGCCCCAUUCAGUUCUCUACAGCAGAUCAAAUGUCCUCGUCGGAACCAACCUGUUGUGGUGCUCAAUCAUCCUGAUGCUGACAUUCCUGAAGUGGCUAAUAUCAUGAAGGUAGUUAACAGGUACAACGGUGCUGUUACUAAGGUCUCUCUGUCUCAGAAAACAAUCCAAGCACUCUCUGAGCUUGGGGCUCAAGAGAAGAAUUACUCAACCAAAGGUGUCUCAUCUCAUAGCGAUGAUUCAAGACCUCGGCCAGUUCAGAGUUCUGUCCGGGAACGAUUCCUUCUGAAACUGAAGUUAAGGAAAAAAAGCAAAAAGAAAUAUGAGGUAGUGGAAACUUUAUCAGGUUGUAGACAAGAGUCAGUGGUGUUUGACUGCUGGUUUUGUGGCCGACUCUUCAACAGCCAAGAAGACUGGAUUGGCCAUGGCCAGCGGCACCUCAUGGAGGCAACUAGAGACUGGAAUAAACUGUUCUGAAAGUUUUUCACUGCCUUCAAAUGACCACAUUCUGUCCCUUUGAGGUGGAACAAAUGGUUUAAGUUGUAUAUUUUUUAAAUACCUUCCAUUAUACUUUUGUCCAAUUUCUGAACAUGUCAAUUCAUAUUAUUAAGUGAAUUAAAGUUUAUCUUUUCAUAGGUGCAUUUUCUGGUAAACUAUGUACUGCUAGCAUGAUUUAUGUCAUGCAUGCACAGGUCACAUUGAACUGUGAAAUGGUACACUGUAAUUAGGAGUUGUAAGAGCACUGGCUUAUAGAAAGAGGACAAUAUCAGCAACGGUUAUGAGAGUUGGAUUAAACUACUCAGGUGAUUUCAUAUUAAUUGGAUUUGUCAUUUUUGUGCAUAAAUAUCAAAAAAGCAUAGGCCUAGUUUAAGGGACUUUUGUAUAUUUUAUUAUCCUGCAAAUGAAGACAGGAACUUUAUUGUACAGCUUAAGUCAGUAAGCUUGGUGACAAAUUCAACUGUUUUACGCUCGUGAUGGAAAAAUGUCCUGUCCAAAUUAUUCCUUUCAUGUAUGAUGUUUUAAUUUUACGGGAUACCAUUUUACACUAUUAUCAGGAGUAGUUAAAUUGCCUUGUGAGGAUUUAGUCAACCUGUAGCAUGCAUUUGUCCUUGGUAGAGCUGAGUUUUUUCAUCGUAAUGUUUUUAGUCUGUUAAGUGUGGCAAGCAGGCCAAUGGUCCUAUAGAAUACUCUAUCUUUGAAAUGGGGGUUCUUCAUUACUCACUGCAAGUACUUGAUAAAUGAAGAUCAGUCCAUGAUACACCCUAUGCAAUUUCAUUCAACCUAAGUUUUGUUGUCAGCGACUCUGGCUGUUUUCUUGUGCUUAUGUUGUGAGGCAUGAAACAACAUUUAUUUCUUCAUUUCAAAAUAAUCUUAAAGGUCCCAUUAACAUGCGCUUAGAUUCUAAAUUUAUUUUGUGGGUUGUAAUGUUUCUGCUGGUGCAGGAUGUUAACAUCAAGAGAGACUUGAGAUGAAAAUCUAUGUCAAAGUCAAGUUUCGUCUUGGGACCUGAAAGUAACUUUUGCUAUUUACUUCCAGAACCUCUUCACAAUUGACAAAAUUGUUUUAAUCAUUAAUUAAAAAUAUUCAUGUAAAAUCUUAAAUUAAACCAGGUAUAAUUGGCCAAAUGUUUAUUCCCUUUAGGAUUUUAAUGUGAUACAGCUGUAAAUGAAGAAAAAACAUUUUUAUUGGCAGUAGCUUGACACAAUUUUAUUGAAUAACAAAAGAACUGCUAAGUGUCAACAAUUUGUGAAAUUUAAGAAACAGUUUCUCUUUUAGGGAAGAUGAAGUAGGAGCACUGUUGAAAUGGCAUCGACAGCAAAUUUGAACAGGAGUAGUGUAGGAAACAACAGUGCUUCUUGAUAUCUUAAAACAGAAAAAAUAAGGCUUGGCCAACAUUUAAGAAUUUAAGGUACACAGGUACACUAAUGUAACAUGAAUAUGUUGCAGUUUUUUAUGGUUUGGGUGUCAACAGGAACAGUCAAACCUAGAGAAAUGUUUGACCGGUUAAGAUUUGCUGAGCUAAGGCAACUAGGCAGCAAGAUUGUCAAGCCCUGUGUUACUACCACACUAUACAAAAUAUUGCUGUAUGAGCCACCUGGACCACUACGACAGCUCUAUGGGAAACAAUAUUCUUUGACCCUUCGACCUGUGUUACUGCUGCUAGUGCUGAUUAGUGUAAGGAUAUAGGUAAUUUUUAUGAUAGGAGGGGUUGGCUGGAUCACCCCAAAAUCUCAUAACCUGUACCCUGUACUGAAAGGGAUAUGCGUGUGAAACAGAACAAUGCACCGAGACCCAAGAUAAAUACACAGAAAAGGCGUUUUAUUACCGUUAUUGGUUAAAUAAAGUUUCUUAUUAAUAACUAAUACUUGGAGAAGUUAUGUUAUAGUUACUGAUCUUUGUUUUUCAUACUCUGUAGACAUUGUCGAUGUAGUAGGACCUCUGAACAUGACCCACUUAUUUCACUUUCCCCUCUUAUUAAUGUUGUACUGUAAAUCUGCUCACUGUCAUCAAGUUCAGUAUGCUGUACAUACAUAUAUUUUAAUUUUUUACAUUUCACAGACUUUUCUCAACGGCAACAGGACAUGGACUUUGUAUUUCCUCUUGGAAUUUAAUGAUUGUAUGACAUAAUGAUCCAACUGUGGAUAUGAAUGUUUUAUUCCGUUCAGUAUGCAAAGUAGACUGAAUAAUGCAAGCCAUGCAAAUGUUUUUUAAAUUUUAAUUGUUUUCUUUAACCAAGAGCCCCCGAUCGCUGAAUUUCUCACCCCAGCAGGGUCCUCUUUCCCCCGUUUGUGAAAUGUUCAUCUAAAUCACUCACAACAGGACAUUUCAAGUUAUUCAAAUGUAGGUAUAGGUUAAUAUAUUUUUGAGUUAGUAGAGAAAACAUUAACAUUCUUUCACUCAGUUUAUCAGCUGUUUUCACAAGCUCUUAUGAAAGGAAUUGUUCCUCAUUUUACUGCACACACAUUUUCUGAGAAGUUCAGAUGGAUAUGAAUCUCAAGUCUGUUAAGUACAGAGCUGCAGUCAGUACGUCGUUAGCUUACCUUAGCAUUAAGACUGGAAGCAGGUAACAGGGCUCGGUCCAAAUUUCAAAAAAUUAAUAAAGCUCAGUGCUGAGCACUGCUAUACAGCAUCAACAGCAACAGCACAGUUUGUCUCUAAAGCAAACCUGCUGGUGUUUGUCAAGAAAUGGUUCCUGCCCACAACUCACCCUAAAACAGAAAAUUCUCAUCUCUAGAUUCUGUGUGAUUAAACAAACCACAGAAAGUCCUCAGCUUCAAGUAUCUUAGGGUGUAUUUUUGGGAAGAGCCACGCUAGUUGUUUCCCCUGUUAACUGUGCUAACCACGUGCUGACACCAACACUGUACUGUAUAUGUAUCUAUAUCUCAGUCUCAUAGAGGAAAAAAAAUCUAUUUGUCAGAAUGUUGAAAUGUUCUUAAAUCAAGACAGGGUAGCUAGCUCCAAAAAACUAACUUUCCUAUUGCUAAUGAAGCCACAUUUCCAAGAUAAACCAUCUAUCCUGUCAUCCCUUUAAAUUAAAGGCCAACCAGUUCAAUCAGAACCUUUAUAAAAUCUACCCUUCUUUACAAUUCAAGCUGUAUUUGCCAGUGAAGACUGAAUUGAUUUUGUUUUAUAGGGGGAAAAUAAUUGCGACCUGAUGUUCAAUCUGCAAAAUGUCUGAAAUCUCAAGAAUCUGCAGUUACAGCUUUGGUUUAAGGACUUGAGUUAUCUCCUAUCCUCAAACAUUCACGGGGUUGUACAUCUCACUUAAAAUUGUCUUUGGAAUCAAAUUCUUCAAAUCAAGGGCUACAUCUAAAAAUACUGACUUCUUAUUCUUGAAAUGGAAGGAUAAAACGUUACUUUAUAGAAGUUGUACAUGUAACUGCAAAUUUUGUAAUUCAGUUUGUAUUAUUGAUUUCUUGCAUUUCAGCAUUUUGAGGAGAAUGCAGUGACAACAUUGUGUUUUGUCAUGUGUUUGGUUCAUAGAUUUUACAAGGCUGACAAAAUUGAGCCUCACAUACAUACUUAAUGCAGUAAUGUAUUUCUUAUGAAACCUACCACCCUUUAAAUUUGGUAACUAACCUCCCUUAUUGACCUGCUUAUUUACCCAAAGCCAAAUGGAUUGUUUGUUUCAGACUGAUCCAAAUGGCUUCACUAAUACGAUUCAAACACAUUUAUCGUUUCUGCUUCUUCCUCACUGCUGUUUGUUACAACCAGAAUUGUGCACUGUGAGAACUCCACACCACUCAUUGUAUGGGGAUAUGCUACUAGAUUUGGUUUAUUUGUCAGCUCUAUGAGCCAAAAAUUCAAAGGUAACACCCUCGACUAAUAUGAUGAUGAUGAUGCUCUACUUUUCAAUAUAUGGUGUUAUAGGUUUUUUUUACCGUCAGAUGCUGAACUCACGAUAUACAGUAAAAUGUUCUUGUCCAGCUGGCUGUUGAAUCUUUAUAGAACAUUUCCUCAUGCUAAGUGCCUCAAAUGUCCUUUGGCAGGUUGACAAUGUGUUCUUUAUUGUUUUGUUUAACUUAGUGGUUCACUCUUCUCUAAUAAAUGUACAUGCCGUAUGGAAAGAA